ACUGUGUGACAGAACAACCACGACACAUAGAAGAACCAAAGAACAAGAUAACGCACAGAGAGACAAAGACUCCAUGACAAACUUCAGAACUGAGGAUGCUGAAGAACAUCACAGGUGACAUGGGGAAUGGCUCCUUCUCCUGCCACCACUCCUCCUUUGAGGCCUUCCGCUGCUUUGGCGUGCUGUGGAGUUCGGCUGUGACCAUAGUUGGGACGGUGGGGAACGUGAUGACCAUUCUGGGGGUGCGGACGCGUUUCAACUCGCUGAUGGUGAACCUGGGCCUGGCGGACCUGCUGUACUGCACCCUGCUGCAGACUGCCUGUGUUGACUCCUACCUACACCUCCGCUGGAGGGGCGGCGUCUUCGGCCUCCUCUUCCUCUCCAACUCCGUCUCCAUCAUCACACUGUAUCUGAUCAAGGCAAGUCGCUACCUGCUGGUGGCGAGGCGGUAUAUCUUUGAGUGUGUGUUCUCUCGGUGGGGCCUCGCCCUCCUCCUGCCCUCCACCAGCUUUGGCCGGCUUUGGCCCAUUUACGUGUUUCUUCCCUGCGUGUGCACAUGCAGUUUCCACCGCACCAGGGGGCGCCCUUACACCACCGUGCUGCUCUUCUUCUACUUCUUCAUCGGCCUGGGCUGCGUGGUGCUUUUAUUCCUGCUCAUCUACAGGCGGGUCAGGGUGGCAGCAAGGGCACCGGUCAGCUACUGACUCAGCUGACGCUUAUCACGAAGGAAGCCGACCUCAUCAGAACCAGGGAUGGAGAGGGACAGUGGCGUCGGGAGUGGGGUGGCCACCACCCAGAGCUGUGAGUUGAACAGCCAGGGGGAACUACCCAAUACAAGGGUGGAGAGGUGAAGGGGAACCCUGGGAAAGCCCAGUCCUCCCACUCCACCUGUGGGUCUGCUUUAACUUCACAUUCAGCUCACCUAGCAGGGGGACAGGAGCCCCCCCCUGCCCUUAUCCCUGCGCUCCACUUGGCUGCUCCUGCCCCUAUCACUGCCCCCUCCUCCUCCACCACCUCUUCAGUGGACAAUGGUGAGUUAUCGUCCAGUGUUUCGUAUGCUGUUUUGUCUGCUGAACAUUGCUGAUAAGUAGAACCGCACCCCCCAAGGUGCUCCACAUGUUCUGUGCCAACCUCGCCUGACUCAACAGCUGUAAUAACCCUGUGCUCUACACUGUCUUGAACCGCCAGUUUGGACAGACUUACCGGGCCCUACUGGCCAGGGCCACCAGACCCUCUGGAAACAUUGACCUUUACAUAUUGGUAGUUUAGGAGGGGCUCUUAUUCAGAGGGAUUAAUGUUGCAUUCAAGAAAACUGGAAACUCUGAAAAAAACAAUGUCAAAUCAUGACGACAGUAAUCUUCAGGUCCGGAAGUCGGAGCUCUAGAAAGAGGCCGGAGCUCCCGACUUGGAAUUCCGAGUUGGAUGACCGUCCAAAAAUAUUUUUCCCAGUCAUCUUGAACGCACUGAAGUCGGAAGUCUGAGAUUUAUGAGUUCCGAGUUAUUUUGAAAGCGGCAUUAUAGUGCAUUCGACUAAGCUGGGUAAGACAACCAUAAAGUAAUUAUCACAGCACUUCAAAUAGGGAAAACACUCUUCUCCCCCAUUGGUCUUGAUGGAGCUACUUCCUCCUCUAUAAAUUCCUCUCCUCCUUCCUGAAUGUCACAUUUACUAUCAGCUCACAAGGGCAAAAUCAGCCAUUCUGUGAUUUCUUCUGGAAAGGGUUCAACGAUUUUAGGCUAAGAUUAUGCUCACAAGGCUUAUUUUUUUUCAGUUACAAACACCAACGUACACUUACUGUAAGGCCUUAGUUCUAAUAGAUGAAAUGGCUUUCAAAGCUCAAAGUUCACCUCUAUCAUGUACUGUAGUCAUAUAAUAUGAUCAAACCGCAUAAGGUCAUCUAUUCUUUCAGCAGGAAGCCAGAGGUCACCAACYGGGAGAUAUCACUGUAUCAAGACCUGGGGGGUGUUAGUUAUGCAAAUAACUACAUCCUCCUCUACAUCUUGUAUAUAUGUCAUUGUAUCUUGGUCUGUUUAUAAUAUAACAAAUCUGUACUUUCAUUACUUCUAGUACCUUACUUUCACUGGACACAUAGGACAUUCCCCUUUUACACAUGGGAAAAUUCUGCCCACCCUAGAUCAGAACUUCUGAAAUGUCACCUUUUUUCAAGUUCCAAAAUGCAUGUCCUAAAGAGAUGUUGGAAGUCAUAAUGUCCUCAAUGAUAUGAUUAAAUAGGUCUCCACCUCCUGGUGA